CUCUUUAUGUCUGUUGUGGUCGCGGGAGUUAGUGACGCCUGCGCGUCUCUUGGAGCGCGUGAUGUUCCAUCGCCCAUGCGCAAGACAAAUUGGCCCUCCGGGCGUUGCUACGUCACGUGACAGGUCGGGAGCCGCUUCCGCCUCUUUAGCCGCUGCUCCUUCUGAGUUCUCGGCCUCACCAUGUUGUCGUCGUUUCCUGAGCUCUAUUUCAAUGUCGACAGUGGCUACCUGGAGGGCCUGGUGCGGGGUUUCAAGGCAGGAGUGCUGAGCCAGUCCGAUUAUGUUAACCUGGUGCAGUGCGAGAGCCUGGAAGAUUUGAAGCUCCAUCUCCAGAGCACAGACUAUGGGAACUUCCUGGCGAACGAAGCCUCCCCUCUCACCGUGUCCGUCAUUGAUGACAAGCUGAAGGAGAAGAUGGUGGUGGAGUUCCGCCAUAUGAGAAAUCAUGCCUACGAACCCCUGGCCAGCUUUCUGGACUUCAUCACGUACAGCUACAUGAUUGACAACGUGAUCCUGCUCAUCACCGGGACUCUGCACCAGCGCUCCAUUGCCGAGUUGGUGCCCAAGUGCCACCCCCUGGGAAGCUUCGAGCAGAUGGAGGCAGUGAACAUUGCCCAGACUCCGGCCGAGCUGUACAAUGCCAUCCUGGUAGACACACCCCUGGCUGCCUUUUUCCAGGAUUGCAUCUCAGAGCAAGACCUUGAUGAGAUGAACAUCGAAAUUAUUCGUAAUACGCUGUACAAGGCCUACCUUGAGUCCUUCUACAAGUUUUGCAAGAUCCUGGGAGGCACGACCGCUGAUGCCAUGUGCCCCAUCCUGGAGUUCGAAGCUGACCGGAGGGCCUUCAUUAUCACCAUCAACUCCUUCGGCACAGAACUCUCCAAGGAGGAUCGGGCCAAGCUGUUCCCCCACUGUGGGAAGCUCUAUCCAGAGGGCCUGGCUCAGCUGGCCAGAGCAGAUGACUACGAGCAAGUCAAAGCUGUAGCCGAUUACUACCCAGAAUACAAACUUCUGUUUGAAGGAGCAGGCAGCAACCCUGGCGACAAAACCCUUGAAGAUCGAUUCUUUGAGCAUGAGGUGAAGCUGAACAAGCUGGCUUUCCUGAACCAGUUCCACUUUGGCGUCUUCUAUGCAUUUGUGAAAUUGAAGGAGCAAGAAUGCCGCAACAUCGUGUGGAUCGCCGAGUGCAUCGCCCAGAGGCACCGGGCAAAGAUCGACAACUACAUACCCAUCUUCUAAAGCCCUUCCUCUCUCUUCCUACCGUGGAUUAUCCCACCGAUUCCUCAACUCCCCAUCCGAACCCGUCUCCUCCCACCUCGUGGAUCUGGAAGUGGCUUUGGGGAGGGAGCACCAGGCUGGGUCCAAGGGACUCUUUAUCACCACACGUUGGGCCCAGCUUGCUCUCUCUCGGGAGAGCCCCCAUCCCUCCUCCUCGUCGUACCGUGUCACUGUAUGUGCUUGUGUAGAUCAGACUAAACCAUUCUGUAUCUAAAGUUGAUCUUUCUGCCCAAUGGAGAGGGACUGGCGUGGCACUGCGGGACAGGAGAGGGUCUUCUGAAGUCACCUCGCCUGUGAUGUAGGAACACAGCCUGGAGAGUGGGUCUAGCGGCAGCCGUGCGCCACUGCCUGUCUGGAAUAGUUGCAUUACACAAAUUAAACCAGUUUUCUUUCCUGACUCCCUUCUUUUCCCGGGAAGUCUGGGAACGGCAGCUCAGCGAGGACACGUCACGGAAAGCCCUCACAGAACUGCCGUGAGCAGGGCUCUCUCUGCAGGGAACCAGGAGGGUUAAACUGGUUUAAAGCUCUGGGGUUUGUGUUUUUUUUUUUUGUUUGUGGUGUAAACAUGGCCUUGGCAUCCGUUACCGAACCAGCUCAAGUGAAGCAUGCCCAUGUUGCCAACAGUCAGCCGGGGUUUAUAUGCUCUCCUCUCCCUCCAUAGUUGGCUUCAAACCAUUCCACCUGCUAAUUGAGGAAGGAGCUGGCAGGACUUACGGUGAUGUAAACACCUCUGCUCAGCCUUCCACCUUUUGGUAGGCAUGGCUCAUUUCCCAGGAGCCUGGGCAGGAAAGGAGCAAUUCUCUUUUCACCUGCCACAGAAUGUCUCUGGGACAUCAUUCCUUUUUCUCUCGUCCUGCUAGCUCAGGAUGGAGCAAAGGCCAGGCCGCUCUUUUCCAAGGGAGCCCACAAGCCCAUGGCUUCUUUCUCCCCCCCCCCCUCCCCCAGAUUCAAAGUCAGGAGGCUAAGCAGCCUCACCCCCAGCAGCUGCCCAUAAACUCUCCCCACCUGUACUCCAGGGCCAGACCAGAUGACUCAAACAGAGGCUGUGAUCUUUUGCAAGCUCUAAAAGCCAGGCCUGUGUCUAGUCUAGCAUUCAGCAGAACUCCAGGCCUGUCCUGGCCUAGAAGCAGCCCAAGCCUGGGAUGAGGCCUGCUGCCCUCGUGGGCAUUUCUGCAUCUCUUCUGGAGCAGGUGGCUGGACCAUGCACUGCCACUUCUUUGAAUUAGGCGGAAGCCCCCCUCCCUCUCAACACACAUGCUCUCCCCCACCUUGGGGCCCCGUGCUGUGCAUUAUGCCAGUCUCUUACUCCACCCCCCCCUUUUUCCAGCCUUGGGCAUCUGGAAAGCACUAACUGGCCUUGGCCCCUGACGGUCCCCGUUGUCCCUGGCAGCUGCCUUCUCAGUCCUGCACCUUCUCGGCCCGCCUGGGCGCUCGUCUUGGCCACAUCCUUUCUUUGUUGUUUUUUGCCCAGGGAGUUUGCCGUCACUCUGGUUCUCUUGUGUGCACACAACACCUGUUUCCCCACCUCAGCGAGCUGGGGCUGCUGGGGCAAUCCUUAUUCCGGCUGCCGUGUUGCCCAGAAGAAUGCAGUUUGCACCUCUGCCCCGUGUGGGGUUUUUGCGCAGUGGCUGUGCUCCGAGUGUUGUGCUUGCUGUUCUUCAUCUUCCGACUGUGACAAUAAAUUAUUUACCAAGAGGA